AUGGUAUUGAAUCGCUGGUACUAUCAAAUUCCGGUAAUGCAACCUCGAAAGCGGCAAGACAUCACCCGCCAAAAUGUGGAAACGCUGUUCAUAUCUAAGGACUUUCAAGAUACUCUCGCCCAUCGCCUGGGCGGGGCUGUCCAGAUUCCAGCAAUAGCUUACGACGAUAUGGGACUCGUUGGGAAGGAUCCUCGCUGGGAGGUGUUUUACCAGUUCUCGGAUUAUCUCACAAAGACAUUUCCCCGAAUAUACGAGGCACUUAGGGUGGAAACAGUCAGUACGCACGGGCUGCUAUACACCUGGCAGGGGUCCGCGCAGGAUCUGAAGCCGCUUUUAUUCAUGGCUCAUUCUGAUGUCGUUCCUGCUGGCGAGUCAACUUCCCUACAGUGGACUUAUCCUCCUUUUUCGGGUCACUAUGAUGGAGAGUACAUCUGGGGAAGGGGCUCCGAGGACGACAAAUCCAACCUUAUCGCUAUGCUGACCGCGAUCGAAUCUCUGCUUGGAUGCGAAUUCAAGCCAUGUCGGACGCUCAUUUUGUCGAUUGGGUUCGAUGAAGAGGGUGGGGCCGAUAGAAGUUAUGGCGCUCGGUGUCUCGCAGACACCCUCCUGAAAAGAUAUGGCAACGAUGGUAUUGAACUGAUUUUCGACGAGGGCAUAGCUGGGAUUGAGAGGCGGUUUGGGACAGACUUUGCCUUGCCCGCGACUGCGGAGAAGGGUUAUGUUGACGUUGACGUCAAACUUGAUGUUCCUGGAGGGCAUUCUUCAACACCACCCGAUCAUACUGCAAUUGGCUUUCAGGCACAGAUCAUCAACCUGAUCGAAGACCACCCUUUCACUUCUCAGUUGAUCCGGCAGAAUCCUACCUUGACGUUCUUUCGACAGGCAGCCGUCCUGUCGAAGAGUAUGCCACAGGAGCUGCGAGACGCCAUAUUGGGGAAGAAGUCGUCGGAAAAAUUUCUUGAAUAUAUGGACAGGGAUCGCGAAAGGCGUGCCAUGGUCAGGACAUCCACAGCCAUUACCAUGGCUCAAAGCGGCGACAAAGUGAACUCGCUACCGGAGACUGCUACUUUUGUCAUCAAUCAUCGGAUUGCGCUUCAUGAGUCCGCACAGGCAGUGAAAGACUACUACAUUGCAUUGCUUCGUCCGUGGGCGAAGAAGUGGCACUUCAACUUUGAUGCCUUCGGCGUGAUGGAGAGAAAUCGAGAAGACUCUCAGACUCGAUCCAAUGACAACAACGACUGUGGCGACCUUACACUUACCGCUCAAUAUGAGCUCGAACCGUCACCUAUUUCAGAUACCGAGGACCCGAGGUUCAGCUGGCUUGCUGGAGUUAUCAAAGGCGUAUUUGGCGAAGAUGUCGUUGUUGCGCCGGAGCUACUGACUGGUGUGUACAUUGAACCACUUCAUUGA